AUGGAGCGGCCAGGUCGGCGGGCUAAGGCCGGCUCGCUGAGCGGGCUGUCGGGCGGGCUGCCUAGCGCUCCGAGCGGGCCGGGCGGCGUGCGGCGCCAGCGCUCCCUGGAGUGGGGCGGCGACAGGUACAGCAGCAGCGACGACGACCGCCCCCCGCAACCCCCACCCCUCGCCGACAGAGUGUUCGCCUCACUCCUCGCACAAGCCACGCAACAGUUCGACAUCCGGGAUUGUGGGUUAAACGCAAUAAGUCAUCGCGGCAUCGGCCCAGAGCAAAAGGAACGGGAGGUUUUUCAGUCAAAUAUUAAAAUGCGAAAUAGCUCCUACCUUCGUGUAAUGUUAGUCGAGAUUGGAAACCAUAAGGCGUCUGGUAGUUUCCAUUUCAUUUCGUAUUUUUCUCCUUACACAAACGGUAUCGGCGGUGUUAUUAGAGGCAAGCCCAAUGAACAACGUCGGAUCUAUGGUUCCGAAGGGGGUGAGGAACUGCCUCGGUAUGCCAGCAGUCCACAACGGCAGUCUUCUCCAUUCCCUCACGAGAGCACCAACAGGCGGUUUUAUAGAAGAAACAGGAACUCCAAAGGUGAGGAGAUAUUCAGUGCUGAGCCUGGCAGUACUUUGCAGCGUAGACGACGUGCUGAUGACUUUCCCCACGAAAACAACGCGCGCAACGCACGACUCCGUCUGAACAAUGCAUCGUCAGGCAAUGGAGGGCAGGCAAGUGAACGGGAGUGCGAUUCUCCUCCUGAGCCGGCUCCACCUGAAGUACCUCCAAGAGGUCCAAGCCUGCAUGUCACUUUGCGCCAUCGUCCUUGCGAACAACCAGCUGAGCCUGAUCGACUGUACCUGUCUGAAGGUCUGGGCUAUGGUACGUUGUUACACUCGGUCCUCAAACCUGGCUGA